CCAGACCGAAACAAAAUGCAAGCCAUUCUAGGGCUUCUACUGCUGUUUGGACUAAUCUAUACCACGAUCGGUGCAUCGGGUAUAUUCCAGAGUAUAAACAUAGGUGCCGAUGGAGGUGGCCUAACAAGAUCUUCCAAUGGCAACGAUGACUGGAGCGAAAGUGUUCACAAUGCGGAUGUUGACAGGGCUCUGAAGUUGUUGGAAAAACUAGAUAACAGUGGAAAUGAUAGAAACAACUGGGGAAACGAUGCAGUUAGAAAUUCUGGAUUCGAUGUCAACAGAUCAAAAGGUGAUUCGGAUGAGGAUGCUCGCGGAUUUCAGUUUAUAAACUUCGGUUAAGUAAUUAAGUCUUUAAGAGAAAGCUUUAUCUUUAUCAAAAUACUCAAACUUGUGUUAAACUAUGAAAUGUAAUGUAAAAAAAAUUAAUGUAAAAUAAACAAAAUCAAUACUUCA